CACCAUACAAAUUCAUGCUUCCAAUUCCUGCGCGGCUGUUUCGUCCAACGCAGUAAAAGUUGUCGAAGGCUCCAUAUUCCCCUUUUUCCGGAGACCACCAAGAGCGAUGGCCGCGCUGCCCGACCGCCUCCGCUGCGAGUUCCAGUCCUGCGCCAUCUGCGGCCAGCUCUUCGGCCCGAGCUACUGGCGGAACAACAAGCCCGACGGCCAAAAGGUGCUGCGAUGCUUCCCGCACUGCUGCCCGCAGCACACGAACCGCCGAAGCUGCGGCACGCACCUCGUCGUACACGUCCAUGGCGAGAUGACGACCGGCGAGCAGUCGUCGCUCGAGUCGUACUCGCGCUUCGAGUGCUCGACCGACACGGGCCUCGUGCCCGGCGACCGCAUCGAGCACGCGACGAUCCAGCAAGGCUUGCGCCGCCAAGGCAACUUGCUCGGCGAGUGGAUCCAGAACCACCCGGACCUCAAGGCCCAAAAUCCCAUGAUUUACGUCGUCAACCGCAAUGCGCUCCAGGACGAGUGGCACUACAACUGGAAGGGCAGCGCGAGCAAGAUCCUGCGCCAGACGUCGCAUGUCCUCAAGUCGUACAUUUUCCAAAACGUCCAAGACUCCAUCUCGCAGCGCUACUUGGUCGUGGUCGGCUGUGCCAUCUCGACGCCGUUCACACUCGCCUCGUUUCGCCGGUCCAUCCAGCCCGAGGUGACCGAAGGUACAAGGCGCUGCUUUCGCGUCUGCUAA